CGUGCCGCCGGGAUGACCGGGGCUAGCGUCCGCUCGCAGCGGCGCCCGGCGGCCGCGGCGUGUCUGCUCCGCGAUCUUCCGACGGCCUACCACGGCCUGACUGGAUCAUGGUUUCUGACACGGUUUGCGUAGGUCUUGGCCGCCGUGCCGCCGUCGACCUCGCUGGUGACGGUUGUUUGCAAGGUACAUUGCCCAUGCCUGGCACUGGCCGCGCUGGCCGUUACAUCGAAUCGAUCGACGCAGGCUCCUCGUCGCUUUCCCGCAUACUCGGAAAUCGUGGUGGCUCGGGCGCGUCGUUAUCGCGAAAAGAUGCGGAUGGUCGAAUGCGCCCGAUGCGGAGGUGGCGCUGCGUGUGACGCCCAGGAACAGCUCAGCCGAUCACGGUUCAUUAUCCGGAGGAUAAACUUUGCGCCACCGCCACCCCUGGCUGACAUGGGCGGGCCAUUAUGCCAUUUUGUUCGCCGAAUAAUCAGUCCGAUUUGCUCCACCAGCUGAAGCAGCUCCACUGCGUAUUGCGGUAAGGUAUACACACAUGCUGCAUCAUGCAGCGGCCCUAUGCUAUGCGCGCAGAGUCACACCC